GUAACAUAAAAGUUUCUACCGUAAAAAGAUAUGAGGACUACAAAGUGAACUAGACUACUACGUAUUAUAUUUGUUACGUAGGGAGAUGUACAAGAAAUCAAUGGAGGAAGCAUAUAAUUUAUCUGUGGCGAUCAACAACAAUUUGAGGAAUUAUGACACAAAGUUGAGACCAAACGCUGGAGGCGAGCCAGUCAUAGUGCAAGUUGAGUUUAAAGUUAUUUCAUUUGGUGAGAUAAAAGAAGUUAAUAUGGAGUACAGCAUGGACAUAUUCUUCCGCCAGUGGUGGAGAGACCCGAGGAUGAGGCAUAACUAUUCUACUCCAUUCAACAUAGCGUUUGACCCGACCAACCUUUUAUGGACGCCAGAUACUUAUUUCUGGAAUGUCAAGAAUGCAAAGUAUCAUCACGUGACCAGGGAAAACAUGCGGCUGAGAAUCUCAUCGGAUGGAGAGAUUUACUUCAGUACAAGGAUAACAAUUGUGGCUCAAUGUGACAUGGACCUACGCCUGUAUCCAAUGGACACUCAACACUGUGCUUUGAGAAUCGAGAGCUAUGCUCACACAGUGGCUGACGUGGACUAUAAAUGGAAAGGCGGCAAAGGUGUUGAAAUUGUUUCUUCAGAAAUGGCACAGUUUGAUCUUCUCCGAGUGGUCACUGAAAACGAAGCGUCGACUAACAGUAAAGGUUCAUUUGCCAAACUGAAGGCGGUGUUUUCAUUCAGACGUCGGCUCGACUACUACAUUUCAGCGGUGUACGUACCGGAAGUGAUCCUGGUGGUGUUGUCAUGGUGUACGUUUUUCAUCACUCCCAGUGCUGUCCCCGCAAGAAUAUCACUCAGUAUAACAACCAUUCUUACUACCAUCCUGCUUUCCAGCAGCCUAAACUCCAAUAUUCCCAAGGUCAGCUAUAUGAAAGCUGUAGACUACUUUAUGUUAACGUCAUUUGGCUUCAUCUUCGCUGCUCUGAUUGAAUACAUUAUCGUUCUUAAUACUCCUAAUGUACUCGUGGAUAGUUUCUACUGCGGGAAGAAAAAGCAAAAGAAUGAGCCCGUUCAAGCCCAGGAUGGCGCAGAGGAACUUAUUCUGAAGAUCAGCGCUUCCCCAAGGAAAUUAGAUCUGACCAAGCCCAGCAAACAAGCCGAGAGGCAACCAAGCAAUUCCAAGGACCACUGGGUUGACAAAAGCUCCCGUGUGCUCUUUCCAACUCUAUACGCCCUCUUCCUUCUGGCGUACGUCGUGCAUUACAAGAGCAAGGACUAAUAGGCAGCAGUUUUGAUUCCUUGUCGAAAUAGUGGGCCCUUUCCAUUUGACCAAAAGUUCCGGCGCGAAUUUCCAGAAAUUUCCAACAUCUAGAAUUUCCUGAAAAGAGGACAACCUCACGAGGUAUACGCAAAUCUUCGAAAAUUUGUUACCGGAAUCUCCUCAUUUAACUUUCCCCCCGUAGUUUUCGGUUGAACGGCUCGCAUUCCGGAAAUUCAAUUCGGAUUUUCGAGAUAGUUUACCAGGGAAAUUUCCGUCCAAUUUGCCCUCGUUUCAAAACUUCUGGAAUUUUUAAUUGAAUGUAAAGCGCCCUCUGUUCACUGUCUUUUUCCUAAUUAUUUUUGCUGUCUAUUUCGUCGACUGCAUCGAAAAUCAUAUUUAGCCAGGCAACUACGUUUUUUCCUGCUAACUUCAUUGGAGUAAAUGAAUAUUCAGUGAAAUGGUUAGUUAAUUGAAAUAUUUCAAAAUUUCCAAAAUAUGUAUAUUUGAAUAUUAGCAGGACGCGCCUUUGUUUUUGGUAGUUUAUUGCAAUCAGAUGUGCAUGGGCCAGCUGACAUACAACAAUAGACAAUUUUCCUAUUCUCGGUAUUGAACUGGAACAAGCUUGCAAAUGAGGCUAAUGCGUGGAGUCUUUUUAAAUGAAUAUGAAAUACAUCUCUUUAAUGAUAAUACAUCUCUUUUAAUGAUAUUCUCCCACACUAGCCUCCAUGCAUUGUAAACUAGUUCCGAUCCAAUACCGAGAAUACGAAAAUGGUCUAUUGACUCUGGAUCAAAAAUAUGACAAAGUGAAAAGCUGCAGGUUUCGUAAAUGUAGUUGUAAAUUCAAUAUAAUUCUAUGUAUGUAAUCAUUAUGUAUUAUUUACUAUAAUGCUAUGGAUAAAAAUUCAAUCAAUUUAUAAUUGGUUAAUUAAUCUAGAUAAUCGUGCGCUAACUGCUGCUGUGCAAAUCCCCUUUACGUUAUUAUAUGUGCAUGGCUAUACAAGGGCUAAUAAUAUCCUGGUUAUUUGCAGGUAUCCAUGAUAUCAAUACUGAGACGAAUGUUCUCAGUUUCCUCUGCUUUUUUCUAAGUUUCAUAUCAGUUUGUGCAGAAGUGGAAACCGGGGACCUUUGUUAACUCAUCCUGUCUAUCGUGACGUAAUUUCAUUUCGAGAAGCUGAUAUAACAACAAUCUUAAUUGAGAAUAUAAGUGACAACAAAGUCACUGAACGGUUGUGGUAGCAGUGACUAAGCUCCAGUUUCUUUGCAUUGAGAAACGUGCGUGGAAUUUCACCUUCGCAGUUAUAAAGUAGCGGGGCAUUUGAUAAGAAAGCCGCGAGGAUGGUGAGACUACUGGCAAAAGCUCAUUAAACUGGCUAUUAUGUUUCAUAGAUGUUGCACAGCGGUCUUAAAUCUCUUUUAGAUCCAUAAGCUACAGCUGUAACCAUAGCUACAACAAUGUUUUGAGGUUAGGUGUAUUGAGUGAGUCGUU